AUGGCUACAACGCCAAAGUAUCUCACCGGCGACGGUGCCGGAAUCAAAGACUUCAUUGACAAGUUUGACUCACGGCAGGACUACGUCAAGAAGCUCGAGAAGCUGGGCAUCCCCUGCGACGCCGAAGAUGUCUUUGGCUCCUCCUACUCCGCAGCCAUCUACAUCAACCGCAUCCUCAAGCUCCCUCCCGGCAAGAACAAGGUAUAUGCCAUCGGUGAGUCCGGAAUCGAGACGGAGCUGGCCUCCGAGGGCAUCCCCUUUAUCGGCGGAACAGACCCCAACUUCAGGAGGGACAUCACGCCCGCUGAUUUCGAGGGCAUGGCCAACGGCUCGAUCCUGGAUCCCGAGGUCGGUGUCGUCCUAUGCGGCCUGGACUUUCACAUCAACUACCUGAAGCUCGCGCUCGGCUUCCACUACAUCCAGCGCGGAGCCGUUUUCCUGGCAACGAAUGCGGAUUCCACCUUGCCCAUGCACCACGCCUUCUUCCUCGGCGCCGGAUCCAUCAUGAUUCCCGUUGCCAACGCCGUCGGGGAGCAGCCCACGAUUCUCGGGAAGCCAAGCCAGGCCAUGAUGGACGCUGUCGAGGGCAAGUUUCAGCUUGACCGCGCCAAGACGUGCAUGAUUGGCGACAGGUUAAACACCGACAUCAAAUUUGGCAUUGAAGGAAACCUGGGCGGAACGCUCCAUGUGUUGACCGGUGUAAACCAAAAGGCAGACUGGGAUCGCGAGGAUGCGAUCGCGGUGCCGGCCUACUACGCUGACAAGCUGAGUGAUCUUCUUCAGGGUGCAUAG